CUAUUAUUUUACAGACUGUGGGUCAUGUCCGCGAAGAGAGCAAGAAGUGUGGUUUCACUGUGCUGAAUCAUAUUGGAGAUGAACAUUUACGAAAGAAGUACUUGGCUGAGCUUGAAGAAGUUAUGGUAAGUUGUGCAGUAGCUGAACACAAAUUGACGAUUGCACGACAGGCCGCAAGGAAUGCAAAAUCUUUGGAUGGCUUGGAAGCAGCAGAGACAAAGGAUGUUGGCGAGGUGAGAUUAUUUUUAAACCAAGCUUACAAAAAAUACCCCGGAUCUCCUAAAGGAAAUGGGCCCCUCCAGUAUCAAAACCAAAAUUUAAAACACAUUAAGUAUCAUUGGCCACAGCGGGCCUUAGAUAUAAGUUAA